UAUAUACAUAUGUAUAUAUAUAACGCAGAUAAAUAAAUCUACUCGCGUUUCGCGGGACCACGUGUAACCGUACGCGAAAAUCAAAAUAAACGACGCAAUUGCCGCUCGGCUUGGCUCCUACAAGUGUAGACUUAGUGUCGACUCCGCGAGACGGUAAUCCGCGAUCCUAAAAAUCCACGAAUAUGAAAUACAUCCUAGUUACUGGCGGCGUCAUCAGCGGCGUGGGCAAGGGCGUAAUAGCUUCCUCGUUUGGAACGCUGCUCAAGUCCUGUGGCCUGGAUGUCACCUCGAUCAAAAUAGAUCCGUAUAUCAACAUUGAUGCUGGAACCUUUUCGCCGUACGAGCAUGGUGAAGUCUACGUUUUGGACGAUGGCGCCGAGGUGGAUUUGGAUCUGGGUAACUAUGAACGGUUUCUGGACAUCACCCUACAUAGGGACAACAAUAUAACCACGGGAAAGAUCUACAAGUUGGUCAUUGAGAAGGAGCGCACGGGCGAGUACUUGGGCAAAACUGUUCAGGUUGUCCCGCACAUCACGGAUGCCAUCCAGGAGUGGGUGGAACGCGUGGCCCAAACCCCUGUCCAGGGCUCAUCGAAGCCGCAGGUCUGCAUUGUGGAAUUGGGUGGAACCAUUGGCGAUAUCGAGGGCAUGCCCUUCGUCGAGGCAUUUCGACAAUUUCAGUUCCGUGUCAAGCGGGAGAAUUUCUGCGUGGCCCAUGUAUCGCUGGUGCCACUGCCCAAGGCAACGGGUGAACCCAAGACGAAACCCACCCAGAGUUCGGUGCGGGAAUUGAGGGGAUGCGGUCUGAGUCCUGAUUUAAUUGUCUGCCGUUCGGAGAAACCCAUCGGGUUAGAGGUUAAAGAGAAGAUAAGCAACUUUUGUCAUGUGGGUCCCGAUCAGGUGAUUUGCAUCCAUGAUCUGAAUUCCAUCUACCAUGUCCCACUGCUGAUGGAACAGAACGGUGUGAUUGAAUAUCUCAACGAGCGGCUGCAGCUCAACAUCGAUAUGAGCAAGAGAACCAAAUGCCUGCAGCAAUGGCGCGAUUUGGCCCGCCGCACAGAAACCGUUCGCCGUGAGGUGACCAUUGCCAUUGUGGGCAAGUACACCAAAUUUACGGACUCGUACGCGUCCGUGGUGAAGGCUCUGCAACAUGCUGCCUUGGCAGCCAAUCGUAAACUGGAACUGGUUUUCAUUGAAUCCUGCCAGCUGGAGGAGGAAACGAUGCAAACGGAGCCAGGAAAGUACCACAAGGAGUGGCAAAAGUUAUGCGAAAGCGAUGGUAUACUGGUGCCCGGCGGCUUUGGUUCCCGAGGCAUGGAGGGCAAGAUUCGUGCCUGCCAGUGGGCGCGAGAGAAUCGUAAGCCAUUCCUUGGCAUCUGCUUGGGCCUACAGGCAGCAGUUAUUGAAUUUGCACGCAGUAAACUUGGCCUAAAGGAUGCCAAUACCACGGAGAUCGAUCCCAAUACGGGCAAUGCCCUGGUUAUAGAUAUGCCAGAGCAUCAUACGGGUCAACUGGGUGGCACUAUGCGUCUCGGAAAGCGAACAACCAUCUUCGCCGAGGGUCCCAGUGUUAUACGUCAGCUUUAUGGCAAUCCCAAGAAUGUGGAGGAGCGACAUCGUCACCGGUAUGAGGUUAAUCCCAAGUAUGUACCACGUCUGGAAGAGCAUGGCAUGCGAUUUGUGGGCACGGAUGUGGACAAGACCCGCAUGGAGAUCAUCGAGCUGAGUGGACAUCCGUAUUUCGUGGCCACGCAAUAUCAUCCGGAGUACUUAUCCCGUCCCUUGAAGCCCUCACCUCCGUUCCUUGGCCUGAUCUUGGCUUCUGUGGAUCGUUUGACGCAAUAUAUUCAGCGUGGCUGCCGCCUGUCGCCACGCCAAUUGUCCGAUGCCUCGUCGGAUGAGGAGGAGAGUGUUGUUGGCUUGGCCACAAAGUCGCUCAGGUCCCUAAAGUUACCCAGCACGCCCAAGAAUGGGCAUUCGAAUGGCUGCAAUGGCAGCUCCAGCACUUCCGAUGGCGAAGGUGCCUGCGGUGGCGUUGGACCCACCAAUGGUCACGAAUAAUGUUAAUGACAAUGAACUGAUAAUACCGAUGCUGGACUUGAACUGUGUAUAGAAAUGGGGUGACGUCGAUUUAAAAAUAAUAAUUAUCCCUUUAAAGUGAUCAGCAGAUAACCUA